UGAUCGUCGUUACCACCUCCUCGUAAACUGCGAUCCCUCUAAUCUGUGAUUGCGAUUUCUCCGCUUUGAGUUGCGAUAUCCCCGGGCACUUACGCAAUGCUCAACUGACACGAAGUGUCCUGAUAAGAAGACGCAUUGUUCUAGCCGUGAACUAAUCAUUCCACCUGCCUCCUUUAGUCGGUGCCAGGCAACGCGACGGAGCGUGGAUGGAUACUCGCAAACUACAGUGAUUCAGUUCUCUACAGUUUUUACUUUUGAUUCGCUAUUGCGAGCGGUUUUCUGUCGCAAACUGUCGCAUUUAACGUUAGAUACUACGUUUACAACGUUACCAUCGAUGCUCGUCACCUCAAUUCAUCCCUCAGCGGCGUGGCACUAAAAUGCCCCUGACUAGAGUGGAACUUCUCCCUCUGUCCGUCUUUGUUCUAUUGCCUGGCACCUUCAUAGUUACGUACUUGAUCUCAAUUCUCCUCGGCCAUGUGGAAGUGGAGUUUCCGUAUAUCAGUGACACGGGCACGUAUGCUCCAGAGAGCUGCAUAUUCAGCCAGCUCCUCAACAUCUGCUCCUUCUUGAUGGCUGCGACGGUGUAUGUACGUUACAAGUUAGUGGAGCAGUACUACAGGGACCAUCUGUCCCAGGAGUCGCCACGGGUUCUUCGCAUGAACACCAGCGGCCUAUGGCUGGGCUGGAUUUCGUCCCUAGGUGUAUCCAUUGUCGCCAACUUUCAGGAGACGGAAGUGCUGUACGUUCACCUCUGUGGAGCCUUGCUGGCUGUGGGCGGCGGCACGGUGUACACGUGGAUCAACACGCUGAUGAGUUUCCGCAUGCACCCGCUGGUGAACACUCGCUUCAUGGCGUGGCUUCGACUCUUCCUCUCCGUGGUGGCAACAAUAGCCUUCAUCUCCACUGCCAUCACAGCACCUAUGUCACUUCAGAGAUUUCACGGAAAGGACAAAACAAAAUGGAAGCCUGAAGACGGGGGUUACCACCUCCACGUGGCAAGCACGGCAUCCGAGUGGGUCCUGGUGUUUGUGGUGGACCUUUACCUGCUCACGUUUGUCAAGGAACUUCGCCAUAUCUGCCUCAGCUCCCCUAAGGUGCAGUUUCUGACGGAAGGUACCCACCUGUCAAGCUCGAGUGACGUGUAUCACACGCAAGACCACUUGGAAAUCGCGCACGCCCCCAUGCCUUCUUUGGGCAACGGAGCUUCGGACGUAGCCGUUCUCACCACACGAGCAAUCGUGCACUAGCGUGGUGGCUUGUCCCGUGCUUGAGACUCUUGCCAUGAGCCCCGAAACGUGCACAUUUUAACUUGCGAAUUUCUUUGACGAUGCUGAUAUGCGAGUGAUAUAUAUACACAUACGUGGCACGUCGUCAACCGCUAACGUGUGGUUGUCGUCCGGCAGUUGCCCACACUUCGUGCCUCAAUGGCAACUGGUGUAUUAUUUUGCUGCAAGUCUCAGAGCCUGAAAAAAUGGCUCUUCUUCAUUGCCACUUGCCGUUAUGUUCCUGUGUUCCUUUUGUUCCACUUUCAAAAGGUGAAGAACGUGUUUGACACGCCUGUGAUUAGUUCGUGAACAAUUGUGGUUUUCUCUGAUAGUGCACACACGCCUUGUCGUUUGUCUGAACUUUGCUCACAGUUUGUACUGCGUGCUACAUCUGGCACGCAUGCCAAGCUGGUGCUCUAUGAAGUUGCGGCGCCAGAAUACAUAGCGUACCGGUGAUGUAAAACACUUUGCGCACACUGUCAACCAUCACCUGAGCACUUCCCAGAUUUCGUGAGUCCGCUGUAGAAUAUUUAUUUCAUUGUAUCUUCGAGGAGGCCUCUUAUAUGUAGCCCUCUUUGGGCUAUGCAUUCCCUCUACGCAUGUACUUUUAGUCCUCCAGUUGUAACUAUGGCUUUUUCUUGGUUGAACUUCUUUUUUAGUUGAAUGUCUCACGUAUUUUAGGGAGCAUCGGUUCCCUUGUGAAACCAGUUAAUAUUUAAGUUUACAUUAAUGCCUUUGAGAGUAGCAUUACUUCAGUAAUGUGGGCAUUCAUUGAUCAGUGUACAAGUUUAUUUACUAAUGAGAGGGCAUAAAUUUCAUAUUGCUUUUUUUUUUCUUUUGUGCUUAAAAGAGCAUAUGAUUGUGUAUAGUACUAUUUUCGAGCCCUGCUGAUGCAGUUUGUAUUUUUAUUAUAAAUUAAAAUGCAUUUUUAAACGAAAA